UUGAAUUUAAUGCAGUAUUUUGAAAAACCCUGUUAGGAUGAUGUAAGUUUAGAAAGCAAAUUGCUUUGGCUUGCAUUUUUAGGGACUGAUCUUGCAAACUGUACUCAUACGAAUAAGAAUUACUAAUGUGACCAAGAGUUGCAAGAUCAGACCCUUGUACUUAACUUUGUUUUUUGAAAGGCUGCAGUUCUGUAGUUCGUUAGUCCUUUCCCACGUCCAGUAAUGUUAUUGGUGCAUUCAGCUGGUGUCUUUUAACCCUUGAGACUACGGAUUUAUAUUACAUGCAUAUGACUUUCUUAAACAUUUAUUUGGCCAGCAGCCUGGAAAACGUCAAAGUUCUAUGGGUUAAACUACCCUUGGCUACCUGGUGAGCUGCUAUUGGAGGGCAGAAAGUGGAACAAAGGUUCUUCAUGUGAUAACCUCUGUUAAGAGGUUAGGGUGGUUCAGCUUUAUGCCUUGUGACAGCACCGUGUUAGGCGGAAAGUACCCUUCCUUAAUUUUGGCUGCAUCUGUUCUGUUCGAAAACAGGAGACUGCCAAUAGCCACCGUGGAACAUCUUCAACAGGAGAAAUUGAGGAACCACCUCUCCUGAGAGGAGGGAGACCCCUGUUCAAAUCCUUCCCCCUCCCCUCCACCCUGGACAGAAAAUCGUGAAUUGAGCCUCUGUCUCCCACAUCCCAGGUGAAAUUAAAUGACUUGAAAAUGGAUUCAUCUUCUCAUGAGUUCCCAGUGACCGUUUUAGAACAAACUGCCUCACAGCUAGGAUGCAAUCCAGCAGAUCAGAAACUUGCUUUGCACUUCGAUGAAGAAGAUGAGCUGAAACACCUCCGUGAAUGUUUCCAUAUUCCAAAAGUCAAGGAUCUACCUCCAACUGACCUAACUUUAGUGAAUGAAAAUGAAAGCUGCAUAUACUUUGCUGGGAAUUCUCUUGGACUUCAGCCAAAAAAAGUUAAAGCUUACCUGGAUGAAGAGUUGGAUAUGUGGGCUAAAAGAGGUGUACAUGGUCAUUUCAAUGGUGCUCGAAAGGAAGAAGUAGCCUUAAUGAAUGGCCUGACUGUUAAUCUGCAUCUCCAGAUGUUAUCUUUUUUUAGCCCUACUCCAAGUCGUUACAAAAUUCUUCUAGAAGCCAAAGCCUUUCCCUCCGACCAUUAUGCUGUUGAGUCUCAGCUUCAGCUUCAUGGACUUGAUGUGGAGAAAUGCAUGCUCAUGAUACAGCCACGCAAGGGGGAGGAGACCUUGAGAAUUGAAGAUAUCCUUGACAUAAUUGAGAAGGAAGGGGACUCUGUUGCUGUAAUUUUGCUGAGUGGAGUGCAGUACUACACAGGACAGCUGUUUGACAUCCCCAGAAUAACAAAGGCUGGCCAAGAAAAGGGUUGCUAUGUUGGCUUUGACCUGGCUCAUGCUGCUGGUAAUGUAGAACUGCAUUUACAUGACUGGGGAGUAGAUUUUGCCUGCUGGUGUUCCUACAAGUAUUUAAAUUCUGGAGCUGGGGGCCUGGCUGGUGCCUACAUUCAUGAGAAACAUUCCCAGACUAUAAAACCAGCGCUAAUAGGCUGGUGGGGUCAUGAAUUCAAAACUAGAUUUCUCAUGGAAAACAAAUUGCAACUAAGUCCUGGAAUCAAUGGAUUUCGGUUAUCAAAUCCUCCAAUGUUAUUGGUCUGUGCACUGCAUGCUAGUUUAGAGGUCUUUGGUCAAACUACAAUGAAAGCACUGAGAAGGAAAUCCAUUCUGCUAACGGGUUACUUGGAGUAUCUGAUAAAGCAUUACUACAGUGAGGAUAAAGCAAAUCCAGAGAAACCCUUUGUAAAAAUAAUCACACCACCUCAGAUUGAGGAAAGAGGAUGCCAGCUCACACUAGUUUUUUCUGCUCCAAUCAAAUCUGUAUUUAAAGAACUGGAAAAAAGAGGAAUAGCUUGUGACAUGCGAGAACCAAAAGCUCUUCGUGUUGCCCCAGUUCCUCUCUACAAUUCUUUCCAUGAUGUGCACAGAUUUAUUGGAAUCCUGGGAUCUGCAAUUACAUCUGCAAAACAGGCAGCAAACAAUGCUGCACUAUCCUGAUCUUAUUGAUGGCUCAGCUGUAUCUUUUAAUCUAUUUCUGACUAAGAUGCAUUUAUUCUUCUGAGCAAUUCUGUCCUUCUAGUAGACUAGGCUAUAUUCACUGCAAUUUGCAACAACAACAACAAAAAGGGGGUGGGGGUGAUUGAAUAGUUAUUUACAAUAGACUGUACUUUUUAUUAAAGCUAAUAUUUCCUCUUUGCUUUGACUACACAAGUUCUUAUGAUCUGUACAUUUUAAUGGGACUUUUCUAAAACAUUUUAUAGUUUCAUUCCAUUAGGCUUGAGAAGAGGAACAAGUGAAGACUUCAAUAAAUAAAAAAAAUAAAAAAUCUCAUUGUACUAUAACAAUAUGAUGCAUAACAAAGAAUGGAAAUAUUAGGCUUAUUACUUCAGUAAUGUACCAACAGUUUGCAACCUAUUUUGCAGUUUUAAUUAGCAUCAAUUCUGUUUAAAUAAAUGCAUAGGUACAUUUUAAAAAGAAAAUCUGCUUUUUUUGGUAAAGUCAUUAGUUGGUGCUUGAGAAACCUCUAAUGGAGCAAACAUUUUGAGCUUUUGUUUCACUCAGAAGGCCAAAGUGGUGAAUUCUCAUUAUAUUACAGCCACUUUACACCACUUUAGCAGCAUGAAGGGAGGGACCUUCAAGCAGAGUAAUAUAUUUGCACCCAUGUAGACAGGGUUUGUCUACAUGAGAAAGUUACUGGUUUAUAUAACUGUGAUUUUAAACACUUACUUUGGUUUAAAUAAGGCUUAUUAACUGGUUAGCUGAAGUCAAUUAGGAAAUGGCUUAAGUUAAAGAUGUCAGGAAACAGGACCUGCACCAGAACCAGUCUCUAGGCAACCUAACAAGCAUAGCUGGCCUGUAUAGUAGGCUGCAUGAUUAACUACAAUGCCUGAUUGGUGGGAAAAGUCAGCAGACCAUUCUUAAACCCAGCAGCAGCAAUUUGGUGGUGGUUCAAAGUAUUUACCUGUGACAGCUGCUAUGCUUGCUUGUGCCGGACUUGGACUUGGACCCAGCCCCAUUCCCAUCUUGUCUAAUUCCAGGUAACCUGGUUCUGACCCUCUGCUCUGAUUUCUGACUUUGGUCCUGGCAUUUAUCUACUGUCUGGUGCUGAAACCACUAGGUAUGGCUGCCCACACCCCACUGUCUGACAAAAAGGAGAUAACCUACUGUUAAACUCAAAUAUGAGCACCCACACAGGGAUUUGCCCCAGUUCAAUUAAAUCAGUUUAAAAACUGAUUUAAGUUUAAUGGGUAAAUUUUCUCAUGUGACAAGAACUUUGUAUAUGUGAUUAUCUGUAAUUCAAGGGUAUGCCAAACAGGACAGGCAAUAUCACAUCUCACAUGCUGGUCAAUACUUCCUGAAAAUAGCCUCUAGUGCUACUUCAGAGCUUCUUUUUAUUUGAAUUUUAAGCCAAAAGAGGAGUGAGGGAAGCCUUUGGACUAAACUGCUUUGGGUGGUAAAAGCCAUUCCAUAAAGUGGGAUUCCCAAAGCACUAGGCAUGCCAUCCACACCCCCACCUAUUCUGACACACCUCUACACAUCAGUGAACAAGACCAAUGGGGGAUGUUCCUACAUUAAGGGGGCAUGGCAGGGGGAUCCCCAAAAGCCUUAGGUAUUAGGUCUGGAUCAAACACUGAAGCUCUGGUUUUGUGCCUCUUGUAUUUCCCCCAGGAUUUACUAAAGCAUGAUAUAGCAGUUACAAUGACAUUAAAACAGUUUCUUUUUAAUCAAAGAAGCUUUACUGAAUUGCAGCUCAGGUAUCUGUGCAUCAGUGGUUACAGCUUUGUUUUCAUUUUUGAUUAAAGGACAAGUAUUUUCACUAUAAAAUCAUGAUAUUCUGUAGGUGGGAGAAGACUGAGUGCAUAUAAUGUCAUGAAAUUAGAAAAGUACCAUUGCACAUAUAGUGUAGUGAAUGAAAAGAAUUAGUGAAUGUGAUGUAGGGCAUAGUACAUAAGAGAAAUUCUGCUAGCACUUGUGAAGCAACCACACUGCUGAUAAUACUGUGGAGUAACCACAAUUUGUCCUCCACAUAAUGCUUAGUAACUUUACUAUUAAAAGGCCAGAUUCUGACACCACCACUCAUGCUGAACAAAACUUUACUCAGCAAGUAGUCCAACUGAUUUUUAGCAGGACUACUCAACAAGUAGACUACUCAGGGUAAGUAGGAGUGUUGGAAUCUGGUCCUAAAUAACUAUUGGAAGACCAGUCACUAGCAGGUAUUGGUCCCUUUGGUUUAGUGGGAGAUACAAGUUUGUGGUCUCAGUCUAGUAAAGUACUUCAGAAUUUGCAUCGCUUUCAACACAUUGACUUGAAUAUGACUCCUCAUGUGCCUAAAUAUUUUGUUGGAUCAUGGACUACGUGCAGGGAGAGGAAGAUAAAUUUCUUCCUGUUCCCUGUAAAGCUCAACCGAUGACCUGAAAACAAUUUGUUAAUGAAUGUUAUAUACUUUGCCCUUCUGUGGCACUUAAAAACCACUGGGUAAACAUUAACUAGCUAAUUCUAUGUACAUAGACGUAUAUUCUAUUUGAGUGAAGUUUGAUACAGCAAAAUUCACUUGAUGCUUCAGCUUUUCUGACUUCCACUCUUACUUCCACUAGUGUCUGCUUAUCCAUAAUAUAUCCAAACAUCUUAUGUUUAAAAUGUUAGAGGCUAUAAAGUUUUUACUAAAGUAAAAUUACAGUUCAGCAAUUAAUUUUAAAUAUUUUCCACAAACCCAAUACAAAAGUUUUAUUAAAUGAAUAAUACUGAAAGUUAACAUUAGGUGUCAGUAUUUUACAUAUUAUUCAGUGAAAAGAUCUAGUGGAAAAACUGUUGUAUAAGAAAUGAAGAUUAUAAACUACAUUUUCAAAUGCUUUUAGUUAUGAUUGUCAAAGUAAAAUCAGAAAUAAUUAUGUGCUAAAGUAAUUAGUUGUAUACACCCCAAAAUGCUUCUAGCUAAUUAUGUCUCGGAUUUUAAAUUCAGUAUUCAGUACCACUGGAUUUUAAUUGUGAUCAGAUUUAAUUUUAGGAUGGUUGGAAGAAAUUACGUUUUCAAAUUAAACUACAAGAUGUAAGGAUCUAAAGAUGCAGGAGGGAACAAAUACUCUGGUAGUGUUGAAAAAAAAAUGCCAGGGGGCUGACAGACAUUUGUGACAAUAUUUGGGAAUCUCAUACCAAAGAAAAGGGGAGUCUGUCAUCCUUCUCUGAACAGGACAAUUUAUUGUUAUGUAGAUUUCCUUAAUUACUUGGGCUCAGAUCAUGCACAGCUGCUGAAAAACCUGGGGAAGUAGAAACUGCAUAGGUUCUACUUGCAGAAUUUUGCCCAGAUACUGUAAUUGGAAGGAUAGGGGGGGGCGACAGAGGGCAGAUUUUUCCUUCCAGAACAAACAGGGAGUUCAGUCCCCUGAAGUUGUUCAUCUCUCAAGACGUGCAUGAACACUGAGGGAGUCACUGGAGGCCCUGUUCUUCUACAGCAGCUUCAGGUCCUUCUGGAACCUGGCUUCAUAGCUGUCCCCAGCUGACUUGGGAAAAUCAGAGGUGCAAAUCAGUGCCUGUACCAAGUACCAUUAGUCCAUGAGAUAUUCUGAUGUGAGGUACUCUCAAUCUCUCCUAUUGGAGUUCCAUUUUAAUAGCAGCUCCCCAUUCAAAUCCCUUUUUCUCAUCAGGCAAAAUGGGGACUUGACCUGUGAUCUUCCACAUUCCAAGUGAGUACCCUAACAACUGAGCUAAAGGUUAUAAGAUACUGCUCUUCCCCUCCUCCACUACCAGGUUAUGUGGUAUUAGUUGCAAGAAAUUACUUAGGCCCCUGAGCUGCCUGAUACUGGGAGAGGGGCACCCAGUUGUGGGUUGCAAGCAGAAGUAGGUGCCAAACUCCCUAAGGGGGGGAGGCUUAGGACACACCCUUCUCAUUGGUGUCUCUUAUUGGCUAACUCUGGUGGCUCCCUGCCUAAUGUGCUGGCUUUUGCACAUCACAUUCCAGGGUGCCUAACUCUCCUCAUACAGGGAGCUUAGGUGAUUUCCCAGGUGCCUAAAGGUCAGUGCUGAGCAUUGCAAUGCCUAAAUCCCUUUGUGGAUCUGGCCUUAGUACCUACAGAAGUUGGUCACUUUUUCCAACCAGCCAAGGAAUGAUUUUCCAUGCUAAGCCUAGACUUUUGUCAAUAUUUGUGAAAUAUAUUUACAGGGCUUCUAACAUUCAGAAAUGAAUAAGUUAUAGGUCAGCAAUUCAUAUUUUUAUGUUCCUAGUUUUUAUUACCUAACGUACUUGUCUAAGUAUCAUUUUAUGUUUCUAGUUAAAUAUAAGUGAAAAUUGAUUGGGGGUAUUUCUCAGUGGAAUUCUAUCUUUAUUUCAUCAUAAUUGUUUCAUAUUUGAAUAAUGACAGAUGAACUGCUUCAUUCAAUUGCAGUUUUAAGGCUUUGAAGUCACAAUAACAGCAAAGGAUUUAAAUCCUGAAGCCAUUAUUAUGGAAGGGAAGGCAUCAGGGAAAAUGAAAACUUAUGGUGUUGUAAUUUUCCAGCAAGAAAAGUACUUGUACGGCUACACAGCUUCUUUCCUGGACAAUUUCCUAACCUCACUAAAAUCUACUAAACCUCAAUGAAAUGACCAACUGCUACAAUUUCUAGCACACCAAAUGUCUUCUACAGUGCCCAAAAGAAGACAUUAUCAAUGUUGAAUGAAAGUCCAUGUAUUAAGUAAGCAUCUCUAUGGUUAUUUUGAUUUGAAGUCACAUGCUAGCUACAAACCAUUUAAUAUGCAGCUGCAAUACUGUAUUUCGCCAAUAAAGAGUUCAUUAGA